AUGGCAGGCAGCCCAGGCAGCGGGGCCUCCUUGGAGGGUGUAUCCCUGGGCUCUUCUGAGGAAGCUGAUCUCCGGAGGGAAGCCAUGCAGCAAGUCCUGGACAACCUCGGAUCGCUCCCCAAUGCCACGGGGGCUGCAGAACUGGACCUGAUCUUCCUUCGAGGCAUUAUGGAAAGUCCCAUAGUGAGAUCCCUGGCCAAGGCCCACGAGCGGCUGGAGGAGACCAAGCUGGAGGCUGUGCGCGACAACAACCUGGAGCUGGUGCAGGAGAUCCUCCGGGACCUGGCCCAGCUGGCGGAGCAGAGCAGCACCGCGGCGGAGCUGGCCCGCAUCCUCCAGGAGCCGCACUUCCAGUCCCUCCUGGAGACACACGACUCUGUGGCCUCAAAGACCUAUGAGACACCACCCCCCAGCCCUGGCCUGGACCCCACCUUCAGCAACCAGCCGGUGCCUCCCGACGCAGUGCGCAUGGUGGGCAUCCGCAAGACUGCUGGAGAGUAUCUGGGCGUGACGUUCCGUGUGGAGGGCGGCGAGCUGGUGAUCGCGCGCAUUCUGCACGGGGGCAUGGUGGCUCAGCAAGGCCUGCUGCACGUGGGCGACAUCAUCAAGGAGGUGAACGGGCAGCCGGUGGGCAGCGACCCCCGCGCGCUGCAGGAGCUCCUGCGCAGUGCCAGCGGCAGCGUCAUCCUCAAGAUCCUGCCCAGCUACCAGGAGCCCCAUCUGCCCCGCCAGGUGUUUGUGAAAUGCCACUUUGACUAUGACCCUGCAAGAGACAGCCUUAUCCCCUGCAAGGAAGCGGGCCUACGCUUCAACGCGGGGGACUUACUGCAGAUUGUAAACCAGGACGACGCUAACUGGUGGCAGGCAUGCCAUGUGGAAGGGGGCAGCGCUGGGCUCAUCCCCAGCCAGCUGCUGGAGGAGAAGCGGAAAGCCUUUGUCAAACGGGAUCUGGAGCUGACACCCACCUCAGGGACCCUGUGUGGCAGUCUUUCAGGAAAGAAAAAGAAGAGAAUGAUGUACUUGACUACCAAGAAUGCAGAGUUUGACCGCCAUGAGCUGCUCAUUUAUGAGGAGGUGGCCCGCAUGCCUCCCUUCCGCCGGAAAACCCUGGUGCUAAUCGGAGCCCAGGGUGUGGGCCGGCGCAGCCUGAAGAACAAGCUCAUCAUGUGGGAUCCAGAUCGAUACGGCACCACAGUGCCCUACACGUCCCGGCGGCCCAAGGACUCGGAGCGGGAAGGCCAGGGCUAUAGCUUUGUGUCCCGCGGGGAGAUGGAGGCCGACAUCCGCGCGGGGCGCUACCUGGAACAUGGCGAAUACGAGGGCAACCUGUAUGGGACCCGUAUCGACUCCAUCCGGGGUGUGGUCGCCGCCGGCAAGGUGUGCGUGCUGGAUGUCAACCCCCAGGCAGUGAAAGUGCUGAGAACAGCUGAGUUUGUCCCUUAUGUGGUGUUCAUCGAGGCCCCUGACUUUGAGACCCUGCGGGCCAUGAACCGGGCUGCCCUGGAGAGUGGGGUGUCCACCAAGCAGCUCACGGAGGCCGACCUGAGGAGGACCGUGGAGGAGAGCAGCCGCAUCCAGAGGGGCUACGGGCACUACUUUGACCUCAGCCUGGUCAACACCAACCUGGAGAGGACCUUUCGUGAGCUCCAGGCUGCCAUGGAGAAGCUGCGGAUGGAGCCCCAGUGGGUGCCCGUCAGCUGGGUGUACUGAGACUGUUCAUGUGGACCGCACCCCUCCGGGCUGUGACCCAGAACCCUGAAUCCAUCCCCUCCCCUGGCCAUGACCCCCAGCCCUGAUCCUUAGCUCUCAUCCCUGGCCAUCUGGCUCUCCCUGGGUGAGGACGGCUCCUAGCGGGCCCUAAUCUGGCUUCAGCACAGGCGUGUGCACUGCCGAGGAGGUGGGUGUUCAUGGGGCACCUCUGUGCCCAGGUGCUGCCCACUCCCGAUGCCCACUGGCCACCAGAUGUCCCUCUCUGAGGGCCAGGCUGUGCCCAGGAGUGUGUCAGAGUCACCUCCGUAAUGCUCAGUCCAGAGAAGAGGAAAGCUGCUCUGGGGCCCUGUGGCCAGUAGGUACACUGCCCCCUGCCACCUCUCUCCAGCCGCCUUUCUCCCGUGGACUGGCCACGCCCACUCCAUUCCUGGGCUCCUCCCACCUCUCACCCCUGGGGCCCUCCUGAAGGCUGGGGGAGCCAAAGCUUGAGCCAGCUGCCGCCGUCAGGGGGCAGUGCGGUCCAGCUCCCUUGGAAUGAGGCGGAGUCCCGCAAGUGGACCCCGCUCUGUCCUUCCCUCACGCACAGCUUUUCACUGCCGAAGUCUCUCCACGGACUUCUCUGAUGUGCCCCUGACAGGACCGCUCAGCUC